AUGAUACUGAAUUGUCUACUCAUAUCAAGGACUAGGCAUCUUUAUAAAAUUGGAUUCCGUAGUAUUUCAACAUCAGAAAAAAAAGGCAUAUUAGGUUUUAAAACAGAUCAAACUCUUAAAAAAUAUUUAAAUAGCAUUACAUUUAACGGGUUUUUAUACUUCUUUUUAUUGCAACAUCUUAUUCUUAAGCAGCAAUUACCUAUCUUUGGAUCAUCUUUUGAUACAGAAGUUGAUACUUCUGACUCAUAA